UAUUGUGAUUAUUGUUAGAGAGAGAAGGAAAAAAAAAAGCAAAAUGAGAGAGACGAGUCGCGUGCAAAGCGCGUGACUGUGGAGAGUUUUCCCGCCAAUCAGUUGGAAUGCUAAACAUAAAAAACAGAAAUCGAAAUGUGACUAACAGAAUUGAGAGGAAUAAUUUUGUUUCGUUCCAUUCUCUCUCUCUCUACGAUGCAGAGACAAGCAGGAACCUCUCGCGCGGUGGAGCUGCCGCAGGCAUCGCAGCCCCGAUUGGUGCCGUUUUCUUCUCCCAAGGGGAAGAUCGAGGAGGCUGCUAAUCUUCCGCUCUACAAGAGGAAUUCCUCCGCCGGGAAGAAGGAGAAUUUGAAGUCUCGAUUGCCGGAGAAGCUGGUGCAUCUCAUUCCUAUCGUGGUGCUUCUCUGCUUCUUCAUCCUCUGGUGCUUUUCCUACUCCGCAGUGAAUUUCGAUAGCAAGGAGGAAUGGAUCGCUGCUGCUCGACUGAUGGCACAAAACGCAACGUUCUUCCCACCUUUUUCAUGGAUUUCCGGCGUACAGCUUCUGAACAACGAUACCUAUUCCGAGUGAUUGGAUGAGCAAGACUUGAACAAUCUACGGCAGCGAACGGUGAGGUUUCAAUCACUGUUGAUCUCUUAUGCUAGGAAAAGCCAGACAAGUAUACCACACUGUAGCUCCAAUUCAUGAAGUUGCUAAAUGUGUAACAUUUAUAGACUCAAAACUAGAAAAUAUAGCCAAAUCUGCAAAUGAAUUCACUUGAUUUGCUACUUGCUUUGAUUGCCUCUGCACCGGCAAGUUCUUCUCCUCGUCUUUGGGAAAUGUUUACUUUAAUGUUGAACCACACCACCCCUCUCGUCUCCUAUGGCCGCCGCCACAGCUUUCCACAAACUCGAUGCUGCAGUGCCAAACAUGCUUUGUCUCCUACGUCGGAGACAGCCACCGGUCCCCUGAGGUUCUUGAUCGCAGUUCAUCAUCUAUUGGGAUAUCCCAAAAGUUCAGUAUAUCUUUUCACUGAAUUUUUAAAAAUAAUACUGUAUUCUGUAUUCUGUUAGCAGUGGUAAUUUGUCAAAAUGAAGCGUGGAGCACUAAAUAAGGGCGAAAUAUGAUUCUCCACUAACUACUAAUAUUAAGUUUUUCAAAGGAUAUUAAAUGCGUUUUCUUAAUCCGUAUGAGAAUUGGAAAUUAUGUUGUUGGGAGGCAUGAUUGGGAAGAUGAAUUACGGGGUGAAACGUGUUUUCCUGUAGAAUAUUCAAAUUUCUAUGUUAUUGAUUGUAAAUACUACUACUAUAUGGAAUAGUCAUUAA